CGGCGUUGGCGGAAGUGACGUCAGGUCCGGCGGUGUGUGGCGGAGCGGGGCGGGCCGGGCCGAGCGCGGACCGGGCGGAGCGGAGCGGGGCCGGUGGGUCCGGUGGGGUCCGGGCGGGUCACGGCGGAGCGGCGGCUCCUCUGCGCACCGCAGUUGCAGGUUUGGGAUCGGAGUGGCAGCCAUGAAGGACCCGAGUCGCAGCAGUACCAGCCCCAGCAUCAUCAGCGAGGAUGUGAUCAUCAACGGGCACUCCCACGAGGAUGACAACCCCUUUGCUGAGUACAUGUGGAUGGAGAACGAGGAGGAGUUCAACAGGCAGAUCGAAGAGGAGUUGUGGGAGGAAGAAUUUAUCGAGCGCUGUUUCCAGGAGAUGCUGGAAGAGGAGGAGGAGCAUGAGUGGUUUAUUCCAGCCCGUGAUCUCCCACAAACAAUGGAUCAAAUCCAGGACCAGUUCAAUGACCUUGUUAUCAGUGACAGCUCAUCGCUGGAGGAUCUGGUGGUCAAGAGUAAUCUGAAUCCAAACGCAAAGGAGUUUGUUCCUGGGGUGAAGUACUUAAACAUUUGAGUAGACUGGGCCCUCUUUUGGUGGAUGUAGCACAAUUUCCACACUGUGAAGCCAGUAUUAGAAGAUUUAAUUGUAAAAGCUCUCUCUUCUUGUCACUGUGUUACACUUAUGCAUUGCCAAAGUUUUGUUAGUCUUGCAUGCUCAAUAAAAGUGCUGAGACUGUUAUUAAGUAAAUCUGUCAAAAGUUUAAUGGAAACACAAUUGGGCCCUGGCUCUGUGCGAAGGAGGCAGUGAGGUAAGAAGCACCAGUCAAGUUGAGACAAAGUACCACGUUAAUAAAACCUUCUGCAGACUCUGACUUUUUAAACAGGA